AAUCGUUCUUCGUUAAUUAUUCGUAAAUACUUAAUUUGAAAGGAUCGUUAGAAUCAGAAAACGUAUUAAAGAUAAUUCAAUUUCAAUUUCUGAAUAUUGAGUAAGGAAAUUAUUUUAAUUUUAAUCGAACAAUCGAGAAGUAAGAAGACAGCACUUUUGUUUUCGACUGUACAGAGAGAGAAGGCGCGCGAGCGUAUGUGUGUGCAGCUAUACGAUCACCCAUAGGUAGCGUCGCGGCAUCAUCCAUUACAGUUGUAUUUUGGCGGUUUAAUAGUUGCACGCGACACGCGGUGAACGGCGGUGAAGAGGUCGCGCAAGUAUAACAUCGUAAUUCCUGCUUCGUGUGGUCGCAACUCGUGAGAAAGGAGAAGAGUGCUAAGUGAAGUGGAAAAAAGAGGGUGGAAUGGAAUUGCAUACGCCAGAACGUGAAUCGCGAUCCUUGGCGGAAGCGUUACCCUGUAGUCCACCGAUGAGUGACACGAUGCUUUACCCUUGGAAUUGGAGUGAAGAAGCGAGAAAUGUUAAUCUUAGUCCGGGUAGCUCAUGCUCGUCACCGGAGUAUAGGGAAAACAACGUGGUUCCAGCCAGAGCCGGUUCCAGAUCUCGUUCUGGGGUAUCUGAGAGUCAUCGACGUGGUAGACCGAGAGCGGAUGCUCUUUCAAAUCUUAUGAAGCAAGGAAGCACAUCGCCCAGUAGCAUUAAAUGUACCUAUUGCAGUCGUGUUUUUCCACGAGAAAAGAGUUUACAAGCACAUUUACGCACGCACACGGGGGAACGUCCAUAUCCAUGUGAUUAUCCUGGCUGUACAAAAGCAUUUACUCAAUCAGGACAAUUAAAAACUCAUCAGCGUUUACAUACAGGAGAGAAACCAUUUUUAUGUACUGAACCUGGAUGUGAAAUGAGAUUUACGCAUGCAAAUAGGCAUUGUCCUGAACACCCUUAUGCUACUUUAACUAGAUCUGAUGAUUUUGUAUUGAAACCUGUUUCGGAAAACACUGAAUUAUCUCAUGAUGUAACACGAUGGUUAGAGCGAUAUAAAAUGUCUAGAGAAAGAGAAGAUAGAACGCCAACUGGGAAGAAUGAACGUAAGAAAAAAACAUGGAAAAGUACAGCAGAAAAUCAUAAGAGAGUUAAAUCUAGAAAAGGUUUGAUGAUGGAUGCAGCUGGUGAACAGGAGAAUUUAAAUUGUAAGUUACAAAAUCAGAGAUUUUAUUGUGGAGAAAGUCAGGACAGUCAAGAAGAAAGUCAAGAUGAAGAUCCAACAGAAGCAUGCACAGUUUUACAAACAUCAGAGGACGAAGAUCUGUCUACUUUAAAACUAGCUAUUUCUCCAUUAAGGCGCCCAUUGGAUAGACUUCAACCAAAAAAACGAUGGUUAAGAGAAGCUUGCUUGGAACAGCAAUUAGCAAAACCAUUAAAUUGGGAUGCUAAAGUCAAUAGUAUGUCGACAACUUGUAAAACCCAUGAAAAAUCAAAUACAUAUGAACUAUCAACUCCGUGCUCUAAUUUACAAUGGAGUAUAUCAGAUACUUCUUAUUCAGCUGCAUCGAAUGAAACAACGGUGAAAAAAUUAGAAACAGAACACAAUACUGUUUCUUAUAGCCCCAAUCAAGCAGAUUGGAAUAUACAAACUUGUAAAGAAUCUUCCAAAAUAAUAAUACCACAGGAAAUAAAAGAAGCUACAAAUGUAACAGACACAGCAACAGAAACAAUUUGGGAUUCUUUGCAGGAUAGUAAUACUUCUCUGCAAUCUAAUCUAAAACCUCUUGAGACCACUAUUGUCCAGGAAAUAAGAAAUAUUAAUACUGAAAUAACUACUGAAUAUUGGGAUGUGGGUGGUAACAGUGAUGUAACUGAUACAAUAUUGGUUCAGAGACCUCCAUUAAACACAAAAAUCAUUCGGAAUGAAAUAUCAUUGGAAGAUACUCUAGUAAACUCUUACAAUAUACAAAAUGAAACAAGACCAACAGUUUUGAUGCUGGCUGGAAGCUCUGGUAGUAAUCUCACUGUGAAAGAAGUCAACUCAAAAGCAGCUUUAAUUGAUGCAAGUAAAAAAGAUGUUAAAGUAGUUAUAAAACAAGAAGAUAGUGUAACUAAAUUACCAUUACCAGAAGACAAUAAAAAAUGGCUUGGUGCUUUAGCUUUAAUGGAAUUAGCUAAAACCCAAGAAGAAACUGCUAAAGUUUUAGAUAUAAAAGUAGAAAAAGACGAUCAGUUUAUACAUCCUACAUUAAAUUAUAACCAUUUGUAGACUGUGAUUACCUGCUAUUACAUAAUGUUCAUUAAGGUUGUUUGUAUAGCAACAAAAAUGGUAAAUAAAAGCAUUACUACAGGCACUACUGCUUAGUUAAUGGUAUAGUGAAAUAAUUUCUAUUUGAUUUUAUCUUUUUGUAAUGAUUAUAUUACAGGUCAUGACUUUUCAUUGUCACAAUGAUUAUUUAGUUUUUCUUUCUUUCUUUCUUUCUUUCUUUUUUCUUUUUUUUUUGUUUUUUUUUUUUUUUUUUUUUUUUGAUUGUCAUUACAAGGUUGUGAAAUAUGAUUCAUACGUCUUUUUCAUUUAAGAAACAUUACUUUGUUAAUUAAGGAUAAAUUUCUGUAUUUUGCUUUAUAAACUGCCAUCCUAUUAUAUUUUAUAAGCUGUUAUCCUAUUGUCUGUAGUAAUACUACUUAUAAAUUGUAUAAAUUGAUCUUAGCAUAUUGAUUUAUUAACACAUUUAUUAUUAAAAUACAUUUCUUAUAAUUCCAACCGAGCAGUUUGUUCGUGUUUAUAAACAAAAAUUAAAUUAUUCGCUAUGAUCAAUAAUUACAUAUCAUUAUAAAUAAAACAUAUACUUGUCUAUACACACAUACACACGUAUAUACGUGUAUAAGUACAUCUAUACAUACAUGCAUGCGCAUAUAUAUACAUAUAUAUGCGUAUAUAUGUAUGUCUUUUGUGUGUGUGUAUAUGGAAUUUAUAAUCUUAUAAUACCAAAUUCUUUGAAGUUUUCUAGUAUUCUUUAUAAGAUUGCCAUUAAACUCAUGAUAAAAAUUCUAUAUAUCAUAUUUUUUUAUAAUUGUUGAAAUUUAAUCAUUUAUGUCAAUAUAAAGUUUUAAGUGAAAUAGUAACAUGAAUGUUACCACAAUUACAGUAAUUUCCAACAUUUUGAAAAAUGUAAGAUUAACUAUGUCAAUUACAUUGUCCUAUUAUAAGUAUUUAUUAAAGUAGAGAAAAUAUAAACAAUUAUUUUGAGUAAACUUUUACAUCUUUUUCAUAAGUUUAUAUUAUAUUUAUUUUUUAUUUAAGAUAGUUCUUCAUAAAAAAGAAUCAAGAAAAUAUUGUUUUUCAUUUCAUAAAUAUUUUUGUAAUAGAUAUUAGUCAGUAUCAUAUACGAAGAAAUGUAUGUAUACUAUAUGUCUCAACAAUAUUUUCUCUACUUUUGAUCUUAAGAAAAGCUUAUUAUAAUAUGAUAAUGCAAUUGAUUUUAUGUAUUCAUUUCUUUUGUAUAAUCAUAACGUGAAAUUAACUAUUUUAGUUCCAAUUUUUCAAUAUUAUUAAGUACAAAAUAUUACAUGUUCUUUUAUUAUUUACAAACUUGAAAAUUAACAAUAAAAAAAUUUAUUAUAAACAAAAUUUUAUAAAACAAAAAUAAAAUUUCAGGUAAUACUUUACUAUGAUCAUAUUAUAAAAAAUAGAUUUAAAUAUUUUAAAGUACUUAAUGAUACGAAAAAUCAUAGAUGUUUAAUAUUCAAAUAUAAUGAUGAAUUUUUGACAAACAAGUUACUUUUAUUUUAUAUUGUACACCAUAAUCGAUUACCUUUGCGUAUAUUUACAAACACUAUUUGUUAUAUAAUAUGUUUGGAUAUAUGAAAAUAUUUUUUUUUCCCCUAUAAUGUUUAUUUUUUUUAAAUAAAAAUAUUUCUUUUAAAUAAAUACAUUUGAUUUUGAUGGUAACAUUCCAAACAAUAUAUGACAAAUUAAGGAAAAUGUACUUUUCAAACAUUUUUUUGCAUUAAUAACGAGUUUAAUAAACUGAAAAGUAUUUCUAUUAAUUAUAAGUGAUUUUAUGAUAUCUACUUAAUUACAAGAGGUUUAUUUAUUCGUAUGAGUCAUAUUAUAUGAUAAAAGAAAUUUGUGUGAUAUGUAGGAAUAAUAAGAUCUUUAGAAUUUAUGAAAUAAAAUUUUAUGUUAUUAAAACGAUGUUGAAGUGGGCUUGUAAAAUAUUUAAUUGGGACAAGAGAUUAGUGAAUAUUUAUAAAAUAUUUUUCGCACAAAAUAAGAAGAUGACGAAAGUAAUUCAAAGUGAUUAUUCUAAGUAUGAUUAAUUAUUAUGGUAUGUAUCAUUUGUAAGUUGCUUAUAUUUUGUUUGCGAUACUUGUAAAUAAAUAAGUGCGAAAUAUUUUAAUAAAUAUUUUGAAAAAAAGUUAGAAAAAGGUAUUUAUUACCUAACAUAAAGAUCAUUAGGAAUUAUAAUAACUAAUUAUAUUACUUUAUUUGUUAAUACAACAUUAACAUUUAUACUGUUUUAAUAGUUACUAUUGAGUUCGGUUUAUAUAACAACAUGUAUAAAAUUCAAUUUUAAUGUAAUUUAUUUUUUUAGUAAAAAUUUCUCUACAAGUA